AUGGGAUCAAAUGGAUUAGAUCCUGACUCGGCCCGCUCAGCUUCAUGUCCUCGCGACAUAGCAGAACUGUUCAACGACUACUUCUCCUCCAUUGUGUCUGGAAGCGACAAAACAACUCAAACGGACAAACCAUUCUCGCCAACUGAUAGCAACUUGUCAGAGUUAAUUGUUUCUCCUGAUGAUGUUCUAGCUGCAUUCCUCAGCCUCGAUACCAACAAAGCCACAGGUCCGGAUGAAAUACCACCAAGAAUACUAAAGGAAUGUGCUCACCAAAUUGCUCCGUCAUUAUGUCUACUGUUUAAUCAAUCACUCCGACAUGGCUCCUUACCAGAGGAAUGGAAGCUCGCGAACAUCAUCCCUAUCCAUAAAAAAGGUGACAUCUCCAACGUUGAAAACUACCGUCCAAUUUCGCUUCUGUGUGUAACAUCCAAAGUCCUCGAGCGCUGUGUGCUGAGAAACCUGAGAGAUUAUCUGAUGUCCCUAAUUAACUCCGCUCAACAUGGUUUCAUUCCUGGAAGGUCAUGCACAACCCAGCUAGUCGAAGUUUUGCACUACAUUGGAUCCAUUUUAGACUCUGGUAAACAAACCGAUAUAAUCUUCAUGGACAUGUCAAAGGCUUUUGACAAGGUCAGCCAUACAGCUCUGAUAAACAAACUCCAACAGUAUAACAUUGGCGGAUCUCUUCUCCAAUGGUUCACAUCGUAUCUACGUGACCGCCAACAGCGCGUGACAACUCUUGGCGCUACUUCUUCCAAAAAACCAGUGUGCUCCGGUGUUCCGCAAGGCAGUAUCUUAGGACCAAUACUCUUCCUCCUGUAUGUGAAUGAUUUACCAGACGCUGUGACGAACUCGACAGUUGCGUGUUUUGCAGACGACACCAAAAUCUUCCGUAGAAUUGACUCCAUCACCGAUGCUAUGUUACUCCAGGACGACAUCAAUAACCUUCAAUCCUGCUCCACGUCAAGCGGUCUCGUGUUUAAAGAAGGAAAAUGCAAAAGUAUUAGCAUUACCAGACGUAGUCAACCAAUCCAUCAUCUAUAUAGCAUCAAAGGCAAAGAACUUGCACUUAUACCAGCAGAGAACGAUCUGGGAAUUUGGAUUGCGAGCGAUCUAACCUGGUCUAAACACAUUUUAGACCGGUGUACCAGUGCCAACAAACUCCUUGGAUUUAUAAAGCGAUGUUCUGGGGAAAUAA